AUGACCACGCUGCUGGGAGGAGCCGGUGAGGCUCUGUAUGAGAGCACCUAUGAUGGCAGCAGUACAGAUAUCACACCAGACCCCUCGGAUACGCAAUCGAUCUCGUCCCUACCCGCGUCGGCUUCCACUCCAGCCAUAGAUUCGUGUCCGAACAGCCGGAAGGUGAAGUCCAAUGUUUUGGCCAUACGACCUCCAGCCGUUAACGAACUCGCAAGCCAGCAUAUCCUUGACCCUGCUCCUCGAACUGGAGUCUCACUGGCCGCUUCUUUGUCUGAAAUUCUAAACCCGUCAUCUCCAGGCUCCGGCGCUGGUUCGAAGAAUAAGAUAGGCGAAGGGAAUGAUACCACCGUCCAGAUAAAGGACAAUAGUGACUCUCUCACUCAGCGGCUCUCAGCGCUAUCCAAUUCUCAAGCAAAUGCUACCGGAAGAGACGAACCUACCCCACGUUUACCUCUAAAGUCACCCUGUUAUUUCCACCAGCGGUUCGAUAAUGCGGUUAAUAUUGAACGAGUGCUGGAUGAAGUGGUCAGCGACGAGUGGAUGUCACAUUCUCGAUUAAUGCAGACUGCUACGGGUGUGCGAGAGGUGUCGAGACAGUUACAACGUCGACCCAUCAAACUAGCCGUCCGGAACGUUAUGAUAGUCACCAAGGCGCGGGAUAAUAGUCUUGUAUACCUCACCCGGGAUCUGGCCCAGUGGUUACUUAGCACUCCUAGGUAUGGCAGUGAUCUAGGAGUCAACGUCUAUGUGGACGCAAAGCUACGCCAAUCGAAACGGUUUGACGCCCAUGGACUACUAGAAAUGGAGCCACGGUUCGAGCACAUGCUCAAAUACUGGACGCCUGAUCUCUGCUGGUCACAUCCCGAGAAGUUCGACCUGGUCAUCACUUUAGGUGGUGAUGGAACAGUUUUAUUCACCUCCUGGCUUUUCCAGCGUGUUGUGCCUCCGAUAUUGUCAUUUUCUCUAGGCAGUCUAGGUUUCUUGACGAACUUUGAAUUCUCCAAAUAUAAGGAGCAUCUAAACCAGAUAAUGGGCGACCUAGGGAUGCGUGUUAAUCUUCGCAUGAGGUUUACAUGUACAGUGUAUCGAGCCAAUGCGAAGAAUGGGAACAAGGCUGCGCCGGCAGAAGAGGUUGAAAGGUUCGAGGUUGUCAAUGAACUUGUUAUUGACCGUGGACCAUCCCCAUAUGUCUCAAAUCUAGAGGUAUACGGGGACGAUGAGCUUCUCACUGUGGUUCAGGCGGAUGGAUGCAUCUUCUCGACUCCAACAGGUUCGACCGCUUAUUCUCUCUCAGCAGGUGGAUCUCUAAUUCAUCCGUCCAUCCCUGCCAUUCUUCUAACACCCAUCUGCCCACAUACUCUCUCUUUCCGCCCUAUGGUUCUAUCUGACACCCUCCUUCUCCGCGUUGCUGUCCCCCGUCACUCACGUUCUUCAGCCUACUGCUCCUUCGACGGCAAAGGCCGUAUUAAGCUACGUCGCGGCGACUACGUGACUGUAGAAGCAAGCCAGUAUCCAUUCCCAACCGUUGUCUCUCAGGGCGGAGAAUGGUUCGAGAGUGUCCGCCGUUCCUUACGUUGGAACGUAAGAGGAGCUGUUCAAAAAGGCUGGAACGGUAGCGCGGAUUGUCCAGAUGGCGAGGUUAAUACUAUACCUCCUACAGCUGAUAUGACAGCCGACCCUGGAACAUAUGAUGAUGACGACGAAGAAGACGAGGAUUGGGAUAUUGAUACUGAUACAGUUACUGAUACAGGCCAAGGUACUGAUAGUGGCCUUGGACAAAGUGAAUGCGGCGACUCACCUGCCACAGGAAGCAGCAGCCCUAUCCACAGAGUGAUGAGUCUGUUAAACAUUUGA